UGGAAAACGAGGGAAAAAUUUUAUCAAUAAGUCAUGACUAAAAGUAAGUGGCAAAAAAGCUUAAAAAAAGACUUUUAUUUUGGCGUGGCGGUGUGACGUCAUAAGGCUGCGCCGCUCCUCCACUGUGAUUCCAUGCUUUGAUUCAACUGAAGAAAGGAUAAAGUGUCCAAACAGAGAAAAACUCCUGCUGAAGCGACUGAUCUCCACACUGUUAUAAAGAUGGUGUUUAUUAAAGAGGAGAGUGAAGAUGUGAAGAUUGAAGAAACAUUCAGAGUCAAACAGGAAGAUCUGCAGGAACAAACAGACCUAGUUGAAGAGAAUGAGGGGAGUAAAGAGGAGGAACAUCAUGUCAAAAUUGAGGAAAAAACUAAUUUACAGACUGAUAGUAUUUUGAAAAGGAGAGACAAGAAUCGUUUCACCUGCACUCAGUGUGGAAGGAGUUUUGGAAGAAAAGACAAUCUUAAGAUUCACAUGAUGAUCCACACUGGAGAGAAACCAUUCACAUGCACUCUGUGUGGAAAAGGUUUCAGCCAAUUAUCAUCCCUUAAUCAACACAUGAUGGGCCACACAGGAGCGAAACCAUUCACUUGCACUCAGUGUGGGAGAAGUUUCAACCAAUCAUCAGACCUUAAUAAACACUUGAAGACCCACACUGGAGAGAAACCAUUCACUUGCACUCAGUGUGGGAGGGGUUUCAGCCAAUCAUCAUCCCUUAAUCAACACAUGAGGAUCCACACUGGAGAGAAACCAUUCACUUGCACUCAGUGUGGGAGAAGUUUCAGCCAAUCAUCAUCCCUUAAUCAACACAUAAGGAUCCACACUGGAGAGAAACCAUUCACAUGCACUCAGUGUGGGAAGAGUUUCAACCGAUCAGCAAACCUUAAUAAACACAAAAAGAUCCACACUGGUGUGAAUAUAUGAGCUCCAAAAUUGAAACUGCACCAGACAACUCACACUGGAGAGACAGUACACUGUGACAAAAGGUUUAUUCAGUUAACACAUCUGAAAACACAAAAAAGGAUCUAUACUGGAGAGAAACCGUACAGAUCUGAUCAGUGUCUACAGAGUUUCGCUCAUUCGGCGCAGCUUAAGAAACACAUGGACAAAAAGUUGCACACAUGACAUGAAUGCAGCAAAACACUUUCUCAUGUUCACAGGAUGUUUCAUGUCUGAAUAAUGUUAGAAAAGGCUGAGUGACGGUAUACUGUUUUCCAGCAGUCCUACACUGCAGUAGGUGGGGUUGUAAAUUUGUUGCGCUCCUUGCGUUUACCAUAAACACAAUGGUGGCGGCUGAGAGAACAGUUUCAAAAACAUCUGGCAAACAGCACCACAGUGCAGAUACAUCUGUACUCUACUCUCCAGUGUAUUUAUGUAGCUGGUGUUGUUCUGACUCCUAGAAUGAGAAACAAAUCACUGGGAAGACACUGCAUUAUCAAAGAAGGUGGAGCUCCAGGAUGGUUAGUUUGCAAUAUACCAGGGCCUCAAGUUUAGAAAGCCCAUUUAAUUGCCCUGUGUUGCAGCUUUUAUUAGUAAAGUUUCUUUACUUUUAGGUUCAAGAUUCUUUCUAGUUUACUACAUAUACUUUUUUGAGUAGAAUACAAACUUGAUGAAUAUUUUAUGAUUUAGGCAGAGUGACAGGUAUUAAGUUUUACAAUAUUAAUACACUGUGAUGAUCCCAAGACUCCAGAUUGGAGUAUGUGGUAAAUCCUGAUUGGAUGCCUGCAUUACUCCUCAAUGGGUAUAUAAAAGUUGUUGUGCUAGCUACCCCAGGAUGCUGUUGCUUCUCAGGAGUCCUCAUGUCAAG